CAGCGAGAGACCAGAGACUUGAGAGACUUGAGAGGUGUUCGUCUAACAAACAGCUUCUGAGUGUCCGACUAAGCUGAGGGUGGAAAACGGGACGGGACGGGACGCCCCCUGCAGGACACUGACAGACUGAUGGACAUGGAGGUGCGGGGACACAUGGCUCACGGCGUGGUGGACGUAGUCAAGAAAACAGAGCGCAUGAUUUAGUCCAUAUCUACAGGAGAUACAGUGAUACAGUGCUGGCACACCACCUGGACACAGUUCUUCCUGAAGUUUUUUAAUCGGCUUGUCGUGAGGAGAAACGUCCAGCCUGGAGCAGCGCUGUGAGGUCCUGGUGAAGGAGUGAAGAUGGACAGUCGUGGAGGAGGAGACGACGGUGGGACGGCAGAGAACGAGAGCGACAAGAGGAGCAAAGAGCAGCGCAACAAGGCCGAGAAGGGUGAGAAGGAACAUGAAGGAGGGAAGAAGGAGAAGGGUAAGAGAGAGAGCCGGAGGUCAGGAGGAUGGGCGCUGAGCGAGCGCCUGGCCAUCAACGUCUCAGGGAUGAGGUACGAGACGCAGCUGCGCACGUUGGCGCAGUUUCCCAACUCGCUGCUCGGCGACCCCCGGCGGCGCCUGCGCUAUUUCGACCCUCUCCGCAACGAGCUCUUCCUGGACCGCAACCGCUUCUGCUUCGACGCCAUCCUGUACUUCUACCAGUCCGGAGGGCGCCUACGCCGGCCGGCCAACGUGCCUCUGGACAUCUUCAUGGACGAGCUGCGCUUCUACGAGCUCGGCGAUGAGGUCAUGAGCCGUUUCAAGGACGAUGAGGGUUUCCCCAAAGAGGAGCCCAGGCCGCUGCCGCAGAACGAGAUCCAGAGGAAGCUGUGGAUGCUGUUCGAGCACCCCGAGUCGUCCGGUGGCGCCCGCAUCAUCGCCAUCAUCAGCGUCAUGGUCAUCGUGGUGUCCAUCGUCAUCUUCUGUCUCGAGACGCUGCCCGACUUCAGGCUUGAGAAAGAAAUGAGAGAGCAAAUGAUGUUCCAGCCGCACCUCUUGGACCCAAACAGCACGGCGCUGAUGUCCCAGUUCUCUCCGUUCCAGGAUCCCUUCUUCAUCGUGGAGACGAUGUGCAUCUGCUGGUUCUCCUUCGAGCUGCUGAUGCGCUUCGCCUCCUCGCCGAGCAAAAUGCACUUCUUCAAGGACAUGAUGAACAUCAUCGACUUCUUCGCCAUCAUGCCGUAUUUCAUCACACUGGGAACGGAGCUAGCCCGGUCCAAAGGUGGCACGCCGGCCAUGUCCCUGGCCAUCAUCCGCGUCAUCCGUCUCGUCCGUGUCUUCCGGAUCUUCAAGCUGUCGCGCCACUCUAAAGGCUUGCAGAUCCUGGGCCAGACGCUGAAGGCCAGCCUGAGGGAGCUGGCACUGCUCAUCUUCUUCCUCUUCAUCGGCGUGGUGCUCUUCUCCAGCGCCGUCUACUUCGCCGAGGUCGACAGCCCCCACACGUCCUUCACCAGCAUCCCCGAGGCCUUCUGGUGGGCCGUUGUGUCCAUGACAACGGUCGGGUACGGUGACAUGUACCCGGUGACGGUGGGGGGAAAGUUGGUUGGCUCCAUGUGUGCCAUCGCUGGUGUUCUGACCAUCUCGCUUCCUGUUCCUGUCAUCGUGUCCAACUUCAGCUACUUCUACCACCGCGAGAUGGAGUGUGAGGACAGCCAGGAGUACACACACAUCAACACGUCACUGUGGGAGAAAGAGAAGGAGGACAGUGAGGACGAGGACGGGGACGGAGAUGAUGAGCCGGACUACGCGCCUUUGGAAGGAGGUGUGAGCUGCAGAGGGAUUUGUGCGCCGCUGAACGGGACUCUACUCUCUGGAUUCUGUGCUGGGGAACAGAGAAUGGGCAACGUGUACCGAGGAGAACCGCUCGUCACCCAAGUGUGAAAGAACAGAGAGAGAGAGCGAGAGAGAGAGAGAGAGAGAGAGAGAGAGAGAGAGAGACGGCUUUCCAUCCACUCGUUGUAAUAAUAAUUCUAACCCUACGUUUCACACAAGCAAGUGACAAAAUUACAAAAUUAGGUAUGAAGCACUGAAGCAACAAAUCCCAACAACUGCCUUAAACGAUUCCUCGGACCGAUCCAGUGGAGCGCGCGGUCCGACGUUUCUUCGGUUCCUCACUCACAACUUUACUCCCAACCCACAACAAGUCCCCGUUUACUGUUUAACGCACAACUUCAACCACGGUAUCACCGUGGUUUCUUACUUUAUCCUGUCGUUAAAUGUGUACAGAGUUACGAAGUUACGAAGAAAAGAACAAAAAAGCUUGGAAGGACAUUGCAGUACGUAGCUAGUACAGUUAGCAUGCUUUGCUAAUCUAAUCUGAAAAAGGAGCUGGUACGAAGCAGAGCCGAGUCGAUUAAGAUGGAACUCAAACUUCAAUGCGUUUAAAGUAAAAAAGUUUUGUAGCUUGUAUAUUUUGGCUAAACGGCGAACAGGCCACGCCCAGAAGCAACAAACUACCAGAACAUUUAGAUCCCCUAAGUCGACAGCUUCCUCGGAGAAGCUACACGCACCGAUCGUGUUGUUUUAAAUGCAAGAAUGAACAGAAUACUUCGUUAUCUUCUCGGAUAAGGGCGUGAACAGCACAUGUUAGCCGAACACUUCUAACUCGAGAUACAAGCUAGCUAGCUAGAAAGUGGACAAAUAGACUAAAUCUACUUAAUUAGCAUUAAAUUCUUACUGGUGUUUUGGCUUUAUUUGUGCUCUUCUGCUUUGUUUUUUUCUUCUUGGCUUCUUCAGAAUCUUUUGAUGUUAAGUUACAUUUAAUUUAAUUAUGUAAAAUGUGUAAUAAAUAUGCAAAUCACACCACAAGGGGGCGCCCUGGGAUCGCCUGAUACGUAAACCUUUUUUGCCGAAAGAUAGUAAAGUGUGCGUUCUUUUUCCCUUUUUUUUGUUUUGUUUGCGUAUCUAUUUUAAAAAUCGUAGCGCCCCCUGGUGGUCCGGGGCCCUAAGGGACUGCUUAUACCACUUAUAGCAAGAAACGUCUCUGGCCACGUGUGACUUUCUCUCGUGAAUAAUCUGAAACGUGGAGGAAAAAAUUAUUCAAAACAGUAUUUAUACAUGGCUGAGGUGGAUAGUUUGGCGUGUACGGGGUAAUAAAAUCAGAUUUAUAAAUGACGGCAGUGAAAUGAUGGGAUGAAUGAUGCUGCUGUGAGCGUAAAAAAUGAAAUUAAAAGGGAUUCUCGUCCAAAACCAGCAGCUAUGACCUUCCAUUUCUUGUUAUUUACAAAAUAAUUCAUACGUCCAGUGCUGAACUAAAUAUGUGAAAGAUUUGGAUCACUUUAUUCAGGGUUAGAUUACACGUAACAGUUCUUAGUUUUUCCACUAAAUAUUUAUUUUAACAUUUGUGAAACAUGUGGAUGGAAACAGACCUGACAUGAUAUACAUAUAUAUAUAUAUCAGAAACUCUUUCGUCCAGCUGUAUGUGAGAAACUUGGAUGGAGUGAAAAGAGAAACUGAGAAACUGAGAAAUGUCUACAGAGAGACAAACGGAACUGGAACAGGAACAAGACGACGUUACAGGACUCACGCAAUCAUCACAUCGCCGAUUUAAAGGAACAGUCCUGGGGGGAGAAUGAAAGAUACCCAUUUUUUUUUUUUUUUGGUUUCAAACAGUCGAUCAGCCGGACAUUUCCUUCUUUCAUUUUUUUUUUGUGCUGUAGCUAAUCUAAGUCAAUCUCACCCAAACUACUUUCCAUUACACCACAGCGCUGCUGAAUCCUCGAGUCUGAUUGGUCAGAAGGUGUUGAGCUCUGACAGGUUUAUAUUAAAGGGGUCAUACGAUGCUUUUUAAAGUUUUUUUUUUAAAGUUCAUUAUUUUGUUUAUUGGGUGUAGUAGAAUCGAUUAACAUGCUUUGAUGCUUAAAAAAAACAUACUGUUUUCACAUUAUUGCAGUACCUCAAUUCCCAAGCUGCCUGAAACGCUCCGAUUGAGUUCCGGUUUGUCCAAAGCCCCUCUUUCUGGGAAAAACCUCAAGCGUGUGCUGGAAAUGUAACGUCCCUUAGCGUAUUGCCGAGCUUCAGCUUCCAAGGCUUGUAAAGCAAUUCUAAGCUUCUAACCAACGCAGUUAGUAUUUGGGCGGGAUUAUGCUAAUAUUUCAAACAGUGACAUAGACGUUUGCGGAAAUAAUAUCCGGACUUCGAACGAGGCGUUUUGGGCGGGUCUGGAGCAGUGUUCUCUCCAGAAUAAAUCGCUCUGUGGGAGACUCUGCGCUUUGUAACUGCAGAUUUAAUACAUGCACAAACAGAUACAUUACACAUCCCCAAAAAAAGGAGAACAUUAAAUAGCAUCAUGUGACCCCUUUAAUGCGCUCGUUCUAGUACGUUAUCGUUGCUAUAGUAACAGCUCCUUCGCAGGGGCUUGCACGCAAACGCUUCGCUAAUAAAAACAAAAAAACAUGCAACACGUGCGACAGUUGAUAUAGAGAUAUAAUGCGAUGUCUAUUAUUAUUAACGUUUAUGGAAGGAGUCUCCAGUGUAGUACAGAGGAGUAACUAUAAACGGAUUUUUUAAAAAAAGGACGUUAUUAUCUCACAAACGCAAAAAUUCUAAU